AUGGUGAAGGAUGAAACACACAUGAAGAGGGCAAGACAUGGUAUAAAGUGUAGUCGUUUCCACAAGGAUGGUCACAACAAGGUCACUUGUAAACUACCACAACCACAAGAACCAACAAGUCAGCCACCACCACAAGCUAAUUCGAGUCAGGUACAAGAUACAACAAGUCAACAAUCAUCACAAGGUGUUACAAGUCAACCACCACCACCACCUGUUUCAACAAGUCACCCACCAUCACAAGUUGUUACAAGUCAACCACCACCACCUGUUGUUACAAUUCAACCAUCACCACCUGUUGUUACAAGUCAGCCACCACAAGCUGUUACAAGUCAACCACCACCACCUGUUGUUACAAGUCACAACAAGGUCACUUGUAAACUACCACAACCACAAGAACCAACAAGUCAGCCACCAUCACAAGCUAAUUCGAGUCAGGUACAAGAUACAACAAGUCAACAAUCAUCAUAA